AUGAAUAAUCGGAGGAGAGACAGAACCAAAGAAACAGUGCUGGUUCAUAAUACGGGGCAUGCUGCAUAUAGUUUAGACAUCUCUAGACAUGGAAAUGGUCAUAUGUUAAAAAGGUAUGAGAGACGAAGCCAAGGUCAGAAACGGCAGAGAGUGCUAGUUGAGGUGGUUCAUAAUCCAGCUAUAUCAGGUGUUACGACGAGUCUUCAGAUCUCAUUAAAUUGUAUAACCGGUUACUUCAAACAAUGGCGUCAACUAAAUAGUCGUACAGUGCCGACGAUGCAAAUGUCCGAACACGCGGGAAUACCAACUGUAUCCACAAGGAGGACAUCAAAUCGGUCAAGUUUUAAUUUGAGGAGUGUUUUAAAUACUUCUUUGGACCCGCAUUCUGCAGCGCUUCCCUUGAAACCUACUGCCGAAUUUUAUCAACCUCUGGACCGAUCCUCCGACCAGAUUAGGCUUCUAGAAAGAGUAACCAUCUGCCCCGAAUCAACGAGUUGCCACAACCUUCCAACCUUCAAGCUCGUCGUGAAGUCGCUCAGUGCUCAUCCAGAAUAUUCUGCGUUAUCCUACGCGUGGGGAGAGGAUCUGUCCCUAAGCUGCAUAGUUAUUGACGGCAUACGAGUGGAAGUGCGGGCCAAUCUAGUAAAUGCCUUGGUGCAUAUUCGCCCAAUCACUUCCUUUCUGUGGAUCGACGCUUUAUGCAUCAACCAAGAUGAUGUAAAUGAGCGAAACCACCAGGUCAUGCAAAUGGGCAGUAUUUAUAAGCAGGCAACAGAAGUUAUAGUGUGGUUAGGUGAUAAGACUGACCAAGGGUUUGGGAAAGAUGUGGAGACUUUGAUACCUGAUGUUGGACUUCUUUCAAUCAAAAAUCUAGCUGCAUUGCAGAAAGAUCCAGCUAGCAAACUUUCCAAAACAGAUAUUGCCGAUGGGAUUGAUGAGCUUCUUCUAGGGGCAGAACUUGUAUCUCUUGGCGAAUUGUGCGGCAGACCAUAUUGGAAUCGUUUAUGGAUUGUGCAGGAAGUCCUUCUUGCUAAGGACCUGGCUAUUUGCUGGAGCAAUGAACAUAGUCCAGGACUGAGAACUGUGGCCUGGGCGGAAUGGAGUUGA